AUGAGUUCAAGAAUGGGGAAAGGGACGCGAGUACCGACAGGGGAUACUCUAUUUGACAUAGAUUUUAACGAUGGUAAUAAGAUUAGAGCUUCGGAAAAUGAACGGACGACUUCUCAUGGUUUUCCUGAAGAAAUUAUUGAUUUAGAUAAUGACUCUAUUGAAAAUGAUUUGCAUGACAACCCAUUUUCAGAGUACGGCGGUGAAGGGGAUUGGAACACGAACAGAUUCGACCGUAUCAAUAAUCAACCACAUUUGACACAAAUAGGAAAUAAAGGUAAUGUGUUCACUCGGAUGGGGAGGUCGAUUAAAGGUAUUUUCACUUUUCAAAGCAAUAGUGAACCUCAAUCCUUUGAAAUGAGUAAUUAUAAUACUGUAUCAACAGGUGAGAUGGAUGAUAAUUUCCAGAAAUCACGGAACAAGUUCGAUAUUAAGAUACUUUUCAAUAAAUAUCUACUUCGAAAAAAUACUUCUGACGGGCAAGACUCUGGAGAACCAAGGGAAAUUCACAUUAGCGAUAGAGAAUCAAAUAACAGAUUUGGAUACAUUGAUAAUCACAUCUCUACAACAAAAUAUAAUGCAGCUACAUUUUUGCCAAAAUUUUUGUUCCAAGAAUUCUCAAAGUACGCUAAUCUGUUCUUUUUAUGCACUUCGGCUAUUCAACAAGUCCCACAUGUCUCUCCAACAAAUAGAUACACGACUAUUGGUACAUUAAUGGUGGUUCUUAUUGUAUCAGCAAUUAAGGAAUCGGUUGAAGAUCUGAAAAGGGCAAGUUCGGAUAAUGAAUUGAACAAUUCAAAAGCUGAAAUAUACUUUGAAGCGGAAGGUGAUUUUAUUCAAAAGAGAUGGAUUGAUAUUAAAGUUGGUGAUAUAAUUAGAGUUAAUUCCGAAGAACCCAUCCCAGCCGAUAUUAUCAUUCUAUCAUCUUCAGAGCCAGAAGGUUUGUGUUAUAUUGAAACGGCAAAUUUAGACGGUGAGACAAAUCUAAAGAUAAAACAAGCAAGAACUGAAACUGCUAAAAUCAUGGACUCAAGGGAAUUAAGAAAUAUAAAAGGUGUAAUCAGUUCUGAACAGCCAAAUUCGAGUUUAUACACUUAUGAAGGUACUUUGGAGAUGAAUGGUACCAAAAUACCAUUAUCUCCGGAGCAAAUGAUUCUGAGAGGAGCAACUCUAAGAAACACUGGAUGGAUCUUUGGUAUUGUUAUCUUUACCGGUCAUGAGACCAAACUGAUGAGAAAUGCUACUGCUACACCAAUUAAAAGAACUGCUGUUGAAAAGGUCAUUAAUAUGCAAAUUAUAGCCUUAUUUACUGUGUUAGUUGUUUUAAUCUUGAUAUCAUCAAUUGGUAACGUCAUUAUGUCUACAGCAGAUGCCAAACAUUUGUCGUACUUAUAUUUACAAGGAACUAACAAGGCCGGUCUCUUUUUUAAAGAUUUCUUGACUUUUUGGAUCUUGUUUUCUAAUUUAGUUCCUAUCUCUCUUUUUGUUACGGUUGAAUUAAUUAAAUAUUACCAGGCAUUUAUGAUAGGUUCCGAUUUGGAUCUCUAUUAUGAGGAGACAGACACACCAACGGUAGUCAAGACAUCAUCUCUUGUUGAGGAAUUGGGACAAAUAGAAUACAUUUUUAGCGACAAAACUGGUACGUUGACAAGGAAUAUCAUGGAAUUCAAAUCCUGUUCAAUUGCUGGCAGAUGUUACGCUGAACAUAUCCCUGAAGAUAAAGCAGCUACAUUUGAAGAUGGUAUUGAAGUUGGUUAUAGAAGUUUUGAUGAUUUAAAGAAACAGUUAACCACCAACUCUGAUGACUGUAAAAUCAUUGAUGAAUUUUUAACUUUACUGGCCACCUGCCACACUGUGAUUCCAGAAUUCCAAGCAGACGGUUCUAUCAAGUACCAGGCAGCCUCACCAGAUGAAGGUGCCUUAGUUGAAGGUGGAGCCUUGUUAGGAUAUAAGUUUCUAAUUAGAAAGCCUAACUCAGUUACUAUAUUGAUUAAUGAAGAGGAAGAAAGGGAGUAUCAACUUUUGAAUAUCUGUGAGUUUAACUCCACAAGAAAAAGAAUGAGUGCUAUCUUUAGAUUCCCAGAUGACUCCAUUAAAUUACUAUGUAAAGGUGCGGAUUCUGUUAUUUUGGAAAGAUUGUCUGAAACCGGCAACUUCUAUGUUGAUGCUACAACAAGACAUUUAGAAGAUUAUGCUACAGAGGGUUUGCGUACGUUAUGUUUAGCUACAAAAGAUAUACCUGAGGAUGAGUAUAACGCCUGGAAUAAGAAAUACAUGGAUGCUGCAACAACUUUGGAUCAUAGAGCUGAAAAAUUGGAUGCUGUUGCUGAAGAGAUCGAAAGUGGUCUCACUUUGAUAGGUGCUACUGCAAUUGAAGAUAAACUACAAGAAGGAGUUCCAGAUACAAUCAGAACUCUACAAGAGGCAGGCAUAAAAAUAUGGGUUUUGACAGGAGAUAAGCAAGAAACGGCUAUUAAUAUUGGUAUGAGUUGUAGGUUGCUCAGUGAAGAUAUGAACUUGUUGAUUAUCAGUGAGGAGACUAAAGAGGCCACUCGAAGAAACAUGGAAGAGAAGCUGGCUGCACUACAUGAGCACUCGUUGUCGGAACAUGAUAUGAAUACAUUGGCUCUAGUCAUUGAUGGACACUCUUUGAGUUUUGCUCUCGAAGCUGAUCUCGAAGAUUACUUUCUAGCAAUUGGUAAGAUGUGUAAAGCCGUCAUUUGUUGUCGUGUAUCUCCUUUACAGAAAGCUUUGGUUGUCAAAAUGGUCAAAAGAAAAACAAAUUCGCUAUUAUUGGCAAUUGGUGAUGGUGCUAAUGAUGUUAGUAUGAUUCAAGCGGCACACGUUGGUGUUGGUAUUAGUGGUAUGGAAGGUAUGCAGGCGGCAAGGUCUGCUGAUAUAUCAGUUGGCCAGUUCAGAUUUUUAAAAAAGCUACUACUUGUUCAUGGUGCUUGGUCAUAUCAGAGAAUUUCAGUUGCAAUUCUAUACUCGUUUUACAAAAAUACAGCAUUAUACAUGACCCAAUUUUGGUAUGUUUUUGCAAACGCAUUUUCAGGACAAUCAAUUAUGGAGUCAUGGACUAUGAGUUUAUAUAAUGUUUUUUUCACAGUGUUGCCUCCGUUUGUUAUUGGUGUAUUUGAUCAAUUUGUUAACAGUCGAUUGUUAGAAAGAUAUCCACAACUAUACAAGCUUGGACAAAAAGGUCAGUUCUUUUCUGUAAGUAUCUUUUGGGGUUGGAUUGUGAAUGGAUUUUACCAUUCAGCAGUCGUUUUUGUUGGUACAAUUCUAUUUUAUAGAUAUGGAUUUGCUCUUAGAAAACACGGUGAAACAGCUGACCAUUGGUCGUGGGGUAUAGCUAUAUAUACUUCGAGUGUGAUUAUUGUUCUCGGUAAAGCUGCUUUAGUAACCAAUCAGUGGACGAAGUUCACAUUAUUUGCUAUUCCCGGUUCAUUGUUUUUCUGGCUCAUUUUUUUCCCGAUAUAUGGAUCGAUCUUUCCAUAUGCCAAAAUUUCAAGGGAAUACUUUGGUGUAGUAGAACACACUUACGGGUCUGCAACAUUUUGGCUGACACUAAUUGUUCUACCUACCUUUGCCUUGACCAGAGACUUUAUUUGGAAAUAUUAUAAGAGAAUGUAUGCACCGGAAAGUUACCAUUUGAUACAAGAAAUGCAGAAAUAUAAUGUUAGCGACUAUAGACCACACGUCCAACAUUUCCAGAAUGCUAUCAGAAAAGUAAGACAAGUUCAAAGAAUGAAAAAGCAAAGAGGUUUUGCAUUUUCACAGGCUGAAGAAGGUCAAGAAAAGAUUAUCAGAAUGUAUGAUACUACUCAAAAGAGAGGUAAGUACGGUGAAUUGCAUGAUGCAUCAGCGGAUCCGUUCAGUGACACACAUAAGUUAGUUCCUGAAAAUAAUGAGGAAAAUCCUUUUUCAGAUGCCGCUCAAAACAAUCAGUCCGAUCAGAAUUCUUUUGGUGAGAGUUUGUUAGGCUAG